AUGAUUGAAGAGCUCAGGGCCAUUUUGUCCCGACGACAAGAUCAGGCCCAGAAACACGAGAUCAAGGCUCAGAAUGACAAGAUCCAGGGGCAGGACCACAAGAUCAAGGCACAUGGCGGCGACAUCAAGGCACUCAAGUACACAGUCAAUGAUCAAGAUGGCGAGAUAGCGAAGCUAGGUACAAAGAUCGCCCGUCUUCAAGCUGACAAACGGCAACAUGCCAUCAAAGCGGACAAUGCGAAGAUCGCUAAGCUCGAAGUCAAUCUCGAGAUGACGGCCAAGGACACCCACGCUCUGCAGUACAAGUUGUAA